AUGGAUCAGGGGGAGGUAAGGUUGAAUGAGCGAGUAAUCAAUUUGGAGCGACAAAUAAGCAUGUUUGAGAGGAUGGUUCAUAUGCUGAGUGGAAACCUGGACGAGCAUUUCAAACGCUACGAUAUGAUUCUUGUUGCGCAACAGCAGCAGAUAAGCGAUCUGAACGCGGUGGUUUCUACGCUGUUAAAUGAUCAAAACCGGCAGGCGGAAGUGCUUCGAGAGAAGCUAUCUGGUGCGUUACAUGGGAUAUCUUCUACGGCAGCUUCGGUGAACGAAACGAUUCACAGCAUUCCACGGCUCAGUGGUAGGGCGCUUGAGCCAGAGAGUUUCUUUGACGAGAUUCUUGGCAGCGGCGGUCCCGCCGCAGUUAAACCAAAGGUAAGCCAGCCGAUAGACCAUGGCGUUUCUUAUGGCCAUCGGUUUGGCGAGAGCAACGAUAAUGACCGGAAUAACGACAACGAGAACGAAACACAUAACGGCCGGAUCGGCGAUAAUUCGAUGAAACAGCAAGGUCCGCGCGGCCCUGGCGAUCACGGAAGCGAUGAGAGGCAGUUCGGCUCCUCUAUUAUUCCCUACGAUGACUUCAGCCCGCUGAACAAUCCCCAUAGCCAUCCGCCUGGAACAGGCCAAUCGACGAACCCGUCGAGCAUCAGUGAACAUCCGCUUUAUCAGAAUCCAAAUGGCGCCCCGAAUCCAGCGGCUGCUGGGGUGAACAAUGAGGUGCAUCAGCCGCAUCACAAUGGCACUGCGGAAGUGGAGAAUGGCCUGACCGAAGAGCAGUACCUGACGGUCACCGGAAGAAAGAGAAAAAGAAGCCUUUUCGUCGGUAAUUUCCAGUUCAUGAAGUCACCCCAUUCAGUCAUGGAAGUCUGGAAAGAAUACACAGAGGGAAUCAACGGACAGCCGUCCAUAAAAGAAAUGGAAUUGAUUUACCAGACGGGCUGGAGAAGGGACCCAGCCGUUAACAAAAGAUAUUCGCGCCGGAAGGUGCUCUGCAAGGCAAUCGAGACGGGAUUGGCCAAGGGCUACGCGCUCGAUUACACCGUCAACUUACUGGAAGACUACAGAUUCAUAGAUCGCGAGAAAGGACUCAAACAACCCAUUGGCUGGUUGUGCCAGGGCCAGAACAUUCCAGAUGAGCUUCGGGGAAGCUAG